AUGACAAUAUGUUACGUGACGGCAAAACAUCGGAUGUGUCAUGCCUACUACACAAAUUUCCUUUUUUGUAAAGUAGUCACAUGUAGAGCUUCAACAGUAAAUAAUUCAAAAUUUUAAUAUUUUUGACUCAUACAGUUUAACAAAAUGCAGGACCCCAAUGAGGACACUGAAUGGAACGAUGUUCUCAGAAGCAAGGGAAUUAUUCCUCCUAAGAAGGAAACAGAGAUAACAGAGGAUCAAAUUGUGUCUAUGUUGGAAGAGACAAUUGAACAAAAAACCUCAACUGGUAAAGAUUUUUCAAAGCUAGACCUUGAUGAGCUAGACGAGUUGGAAGAUUCUGAAGAUGAAGCUGUUCUUCUUGAAUACAGGAAUAAGAGGAUAGCUGAAAUGAGAGCAUUGGCUGAAAAAGCCAAAUUUGGCUCAGUAGGUGAAAUUUCAGCCCAAGAUUAUGUGCAGGAAGUUAAUAAAGCUGGCACAGGCAUUUGGGUUGUUUUACAUUUAUACAAACAAGGAAUACCGCUGUGUGCCCUAAUUAAUGAAUAUAUGAAGCAACUUGCAGCUAAAUACCCAGCUGUUAAGUUCCUGAAAUCAAUUUCAACGACUUGUAUACCAAAUUAUCCCGACAAAAACUUACCAACUCUCUUUGUGUACUUUGAAGGGGAAUUAAAAUCGCAAAUUGUGGGUCCAGUCGAACUUAGGGGCCCAAAUAUGACCCAAGACGAGUUUGAAUUUUUAAUUGGAAAAACAGGCGCUAUUGAGACCAGUAUUAAAGAAGACCCAAAGCCGAAAAUCAAAGAUAAAAUGUUCGCAGAUUUGGCUAGUACCAAUGAUUGGUAAUGCGGCAAUAAUCAUCUUUAUCUACUUAACGAAUUUUGUAACAAUUUUAUUAUUUAUUGCUGUUGCUGUAUUGAAUAAAUUAGUUUUUUGAUC